AUGUUAACCAGAAUUUCAGGGUCCCUAUUACUGGGCUCAUUGAUUGGGUGCGGUAAUGCUCUUAUUACGAAGAUGACGUUGAUUGCGGAACAUCCUUUGCUUGAGAGCAGUCUCUUCGUGCUGGUUUCAUACAUUUCUUUCCUUAUUGGAGAAGUUGUAGGUCUUACAGGUAUCGUAUCGGUUCUUUUCUGUGGUAUCUCUCAAGCGCACUACACCUUUAACAAUCUUUCUGAAGAGUCAAAACACACAACAAAACAAUUUUUCCAGAUGAUUUCAUUUGUCCUUGAAAGCUUUAUAUUCUGCUAUAUCGGAGUCAGCAUAUUCGUGGAGAAUAACCAAAAAUGGAAUAUUGGAUUUCUGUUCUUCUCAUUGAUCUCAAUUGUCGUUGCUCGUGCUCUAUUCGUGUACCCGUUGAGCUUUAUUCUGAACAUCUGGCGCCGUCCACGUAUACCUCGCUCCUAUCAGCAUAUGCUUUUGUUCGCCGGUCUGCGUGGUGCAAUGGCGUUCGCUCUUGCUGACCGAAAUACUGCUACCGACAACAGACAGGUAAACAAAAUUAUAUUGAAGUUCAUCUUCAAUGGAGGUCUU